AUGGACGAGGCGAUGCUCUCCAGCUUCAUCAUGACCAAAAACCUCCUUCUCUUCUGCGUGUCCGUGAACUUGGCCAGUCAUUUUGGCUUGUCGCAGAUGCCCGCCGGUUCGGUGAAAGAUGACAACAUCACCAUCUUCACCAGGAUUCUGGAUGGGCUUCUGGACGGCUAUGACAACCGACUGCGCCCAGGGCUCGGGGAGCGGACCACGCAGGUGAGGACUGACAUCUACGUCACCAGCUUCGGCCCGGUGUCCGACACGGAAAUGGAGUACACCAUCGACGUGUUUUUCCGGCAAAGCUGGAAGGACGAGCGGCUCCGGUUCAAGGGCCCCAUGCAGCGUCUGCCGCUCAACAACCUGCUGGCCAGCAAGAUCUGGACGCCGGACACGUUCUUCCACAACGGCAAGAAGUCCAUCGCGCACAACAUGACCACGCCCAACAAGCUGCUGCGGCUGGAGGACGACGGGACGCUGCUCUACACCAUGCGCCUGACCAUCUCCGCGGAGUGCCCCAUGCAGCUGGAGGACUUCCCCAUGGACGCCCACGCCUGCCCCCUGAAAUUCGGCAGCUACGCGUACCCCAACUCCGAAGUCGUCUACGUCUGGACCAACGGCACCGCCAAGUCGGUGGUGGUAGCAGAAGACGGCUCCAGGCUGAACCAGUACCACCUGAUGGGGCAGACGGUGGGCACGGAGAAUGCCAGCACCAGCACGGGCGUGACCACAGUGCUGACCAUGACCACCCUCAGCAUCAGCGCCCGCAACUCCCUGCCCAAAGUGGCCUACGCCACGGCCAUGGACUGGUUCAUCGCCGUCUGCUACGCCUUCGUGUUCUCCGCCCUCAUCGAGUUCGCCACCGUCAACUACUUCACGAAGAGGGGCUGGGCCUGGGACGGCAAGAAGGCCUCGGAGGCCGCCAAGAUCAAGAAAAAGGAGCGUGAACUCACGCUCAACACGCCGACGAACGCUUACACCACCGGGAGGAUGACCCGCCCCCCCAACAGCCCCGAGGAGCAGGCCCCGGCCGGGGCCGCCGACGCCGCCUCCGUCGCAGGAAACUCCUCCGAGGACAAGGCCCCCGACAGCAAGAAGACCUACAACAGCAUCAGCAAGAUCGACAAAAUGUCCCGGAUCGUGUUCCCGGUCCUGUUCGGCACGUUCAACUUAGUUUACUGGGCGACGUAUCUGAACAGGGAGCCGGAGAUCAAAGGGGCCGCCUCUCCACAGUGA